AAGCCGUACUUUUCUCUGCCCCAGCCGCUACACCUCCUCCUUGGCUCACACGCGAGAUGUGGAGUCGUCGCCGCAGCUCUGGCCGUGACCUGCUACUGGAACAGCCUGGAGUGCGGCCUCGUGCACGAUGACAUAUUCGCCAUUCGUGACAACGCCGACGUGCGUCCCGGAACACCCCUCGCCAGCGCCUUCUCCGACGACUUCUGGGGCAAGCCCAUGAGCUCCAACGUGAGCCACAAGUCGUAUCGACCGCUCACGAUCCUCAGCUUCCGCGCCAAUUACGCUCUCCACGGGCUGGAGCCGUGCGGGUACCACGCAGCGAACGUGGGGCUCCACGCCGUAGUGACGGUGAUGGUCGGCUGGUUGUGCCGGAGACUGGUAUUCCCCGAGCCCGACCUGACGUUUCUGGUCAUGUGUCUGUUUGCAAGCCACCCUGUGCACACUGAGGCCGUGACAGGUGUGGUAGGUAGAGCAGAGUUGCUGUCCAGUGUCUGUUUCCUCAUCUCUCUCAUCUCCUACACCACCUCACUCUCUCACAGCCCUUACCAGCAAACACUCAGAGUGUUGGUGAGUAUAUUGUUGGGAGGAGUUGCGAUGUUGUUCAAAGAGACCGGGGCCACUGUGUUUGGAGUGUGUCUGGCAUAUGACUUGCUGGUCCACUCUCGUCUACAACUCUUGAGGUGCCUCGUGAAGCGAACAUCUCCCGUCUUCCCCACUCUCUCCCCUCUCCUCCUCCGCUCCCUCUCCCUCCUCCUCACCUCCACCCUCCUCCUAAUCACCAGGGUCCUCCUCCUCCACGGCAACCUCCCUCGGUUCUCCGAUCACGACAAUCCCGCCUCCUUCUCUCCCCUAGUCCUCACCCGGGCCCUCACUUAUUCCUACCUCUACUUCUUUAACGCCAGACUCCUCACAUUCCCUCUUACUCUCUGCUACGACUGGCAGAUGGGCUCCAUCCCACUAGUUGAGACUCUGGCUGAUACAAGGAACACUGGGACCCUGUUGUUUUUCAUCUUCCUCCUAUCUCUCUCCAUUUCAUCGCUCUUCAGGUUUAGUUCACGGAAAACUAGUUCCAGAGGUGUGCUGCUGUCCCUGUUGGUGAUGGUGGUCCCCUUCCUCCCUGCCUCCAACCUUCUCUUCAGAGUUGGCUUCGUGGUGGCAGAGAGAGUCCUAUACAUACCCAGCAUCGGCUACUGCAUCCUACUUGUCCAGGGCGUGAAAACCAUUUCGCUCAGACUCCGCCCACUGCCACACCCUCCCACAGCCUCCCCCCUCCCACCCUCCCCACGUGCACCCAGAUCACAUCUCCCCCUCUUUCUCCUGGUCCUACUGCUGGUUGGACUGUUCUCUGUACGAACUGUAGUCAGGAACUCUGUCUGGACUUCUCGCGAAUCUCUCUUCAGGUCGGGUCUGGCGACAGUUCCCCACAAUGCAAAGAUCCACUACAACUAUGCCAACUAUCUGAGUGACUCGGGGAGACUGGAUGAGGCAGCUCACCACUACUACCAGGCCCUCAGACUGGCUCCAGACCACGCCUCCUCCCACAACAACCUGGGCAGCCUCCCGGGCCUCGACCUCCACGAGGCCGAGUUCCAUUUCAGAGAGGCCGUUCGCUAUAACCCCACUCACUACAGAGCUCUCUACAACCUCGGGAACAACCUUCUGAACCAAGGAAGGCUGGAGGAAGCUGAAAAAGCACUCAGAGAGAGCCUCAGAGUGAACGGUGAGUACCACGGUUCGCUGAUGACUCUGGCCACCAUCCUGACUGACACCGGGCGGGGCCAGGAGGGACUCCGCCUCAUGGAGCGGGCAGUGGGCGUGGCUCCCAGCGACACCCUUGUCAGAAACAACAUGGCCGCCCUCCUCCUCCGCCAAGGUAGAGUGGAAGAGGCAAUCAGGGAGUACCAGUACAGUCUGUCCCUAGACCCAACCCAGACGACAGCCAUGAACAAUCUCGCCCGAGCCUACAGGUCACGAGGUGAAAACAGCAAUGCCGAGCACUGGCUUCUGCAGUCGCUGGGGGUCAGUCAAGACAUUGACACCUUGAUCUCUCUCGGUGCACUCUACUUCAACACUGGCAGAUACCCUGAGGCGGCGCAGGUCUUCUCCAGAGCUCUGGAUCUCCAGCCUCACCACCUGGAGUCCCAGUGCAGCUUUGUGCAGAGUUUGAUCCAACUCCGCCAGGAAGAAGAGGCAGAGGCGGAGGCAAGGGCUGCUCUGGACCGCCACUCCCAUGCCCCCUGUCUCCAUCUCUCUCUUGCCACUCUCCUCUCCAAGAACAACAGCCGUUUGCAGGAGGCCGUCCAUCAUUCGAAGCUGGCUCUGGAAGCAGAAGAUGUCCAGAGCAGAGCAGAAGCCAGCCUCAUUCUUGCCGUGGUGCUGAAAGAUUUGGGCCAACUUGAUAAGGCCGAGGAUAGCUACCGUCAGGCGAUUGCCCUCUCUCCUAAUAUGCUGAAUGCCCACAUGAACCUCGGAGCUCUCUUGCACAUUAGGAAGAAGUAUGCUGAAGCCAGAGUGUACUACGAGAAGGCACUGUCUCUGCACCCUGGAAACAGAUUGGUGACUGAAAACCUGGCCAAGUUGAACAGAGUUCAUAAGCAAGGCUCAUCUGCUUUAUAACUUCAUCGUCACUAAUAGAGCGCGCGCGUGUGCGAGCGUGGGGCGGGCGGGGUCGUCGCGUGUCGCGCGUCGCGCAUGCGCGGACUGCGUGUGAAAGCGUAGGUAUUUUUACUCGCCGAGCGAGCACUGGCGUAGUCAAGCAGAGUGACGGAGAAAUGCAGUUGUGCAUGGUGUUAGUAGCGUGUGGCUGGACAGUAGUGCUAGUAGGGUCCGUCCACCUGCAAAAUCGGCAGUCGACUACUGAUGAUCAUGCAGAGAAGAGAGCUGCUAACGGAGACUCUGGAAGUAAUGCAACCUGCAUAUCAUUUAGUACAAUAGCUUUAUAUAUACCUUAGGGAGCAUAAUUUACUUGGAUGAUGAGAAAGUUCUAUAAUGCUCUAGUGGAGUGAGGAGGACUUGCUAUUUGUACUAUUGUUGUCACACAAAGUUUGAUGCCACACUAUGAAUGGUCUUGUGCAGAUGAGGUGAUAUCGGGAAAUACAAGCAGCGUCCUUUUCCCUAGCAGAACCUGCAUCUACCAUGAGUCAACCAAGAGUACAAAACCUCCGUAUACACUAGAUACUCUGAUGAGAGUCCACGACGCCACAUACGGUCGCCUCCAACUCAACCACACCUCUCGUCCCCACGCCAUCUGGAGACUCAUCUGUGCCCGCGAUCCAGAGACACGAGAGCGGGGCACGCCGAGCAUCGUCCUCAUGAAGAUGAACACGACCAUCGGAGACUACAUCCAGAUCAAGUCAAAGAGACUCCAGGGCUGCUCGUACACAUACAGAGGCUUUGUGUUCAGUAAGAAAUCCAUUCUCAUUGGAUAUGUCCCAAGUCCACAUACGGAGGGAGGCGAGCUAGAGCUGGGAUAUAUCUGCAUCAAGAGAAGUAUGACAACAUUAGCUACCAGUCUCUUCAACAGACGGCCAAUGGAGCACAUUCAGAAUGAAGACAUGUUUGACAGAGUGGCAGGCCUCCUGAGAGAGGGGGAGGAGGGGCUGCUGACCAUCGGGGCCACUGACCCUGAGCUACGCCGCGUCAUCGACCUGGCCUCAGUCUCACCACGUCGAGAACAGUCCGGGUCAGGGGGAAACAGCGCGGCCGAUUACGACUAACACCUUAAUCCUCUCUUCCAUCAUAUUUCUCCCUA